AUGACCAACACUCGCAAACCGACUGUCCUGACCGACCUUCCUCUAGAACUGCUACUCAUGAUAUCAGAUCACUUAUCCGUAGUCGAUAUUGCAUGUCUAGCUUUAUGCAACCACCACUUGAUGGCUUCCCUCAUAGAGAUGAAAUCCGCAUUCGACAGGUUCUCCAGUAGCCGCGCCGUUGACCUCAACGAUGCCGUGCGAAUCGAAUUCAUGUCCCGGCUGGCUCUCGACAUGCCGCCAUACUAUCCCUGCUUUGGUUGUCUCCGGCUUCAUCCCUGGCGGAACAUCUCGCUGCCCCGUCCCUAUUUCAACCUCCCCGGAUGUUUUAAAACACUAUAUGAUAGUGGAAGCUACAUAAACCGAACACGCGCGAUGGAACUCGACAACUACCCUUCCUACACCACGUGUGAGAUUCAUUUCGUGCACCUUCAGCUUGCUAUGCGACGGUUCUACUACGGCCCGCAGUUUGGCAUCCCAGCCGAGUCUUUCUCCAGUACCGAAGUAGCCGUUCAUCCUCUCGAAACAGGCACUAUGUACCCAAUGAGCAUUCUACCAGCCUCUGCGGGACCACUUCUCAACAAAGACAUAGAUAACAAUGCCAUGAUAACGCUGACGUCGAUCGAAGCCCGUAUCUGCCCUGAUCCGCCAGGCUUGUGCGUACGAACGCAAGAGCUGGCUGUGAUGAGACGCCACAAAGUGCUCCGGGUUCCGCCAAGGCACUCCGUGUAUAUGCGAAUUUGUGGCCAUAUUUCCACCUCUCGAUCGAACUUUUGGGAGAUCUUUGAUCCUCUUCUUGAACAAUACUGCUCCGAUUCGACUACGAUGCACGUAGGUGACCAAGGGCGCUGUGCGAAAUGCAAUACCUCUUGGAAGCUGGAGCUCCGAGACGUGGGAUCAAGAGACGUCUGUCUUGUCCUGACCAAGUGGAUGGACCUGGGACCGGGGCUGAGCCCAGAAGACGCUCGAUGGAAAAGUCACAUUAGUACCGUGUCUAGAAUAUUGCUGGCAGACGACGAAUUAGUGUCUGACCCCCAAGCGCGGUUCGAAAGGGAUUCAGCCCAAGCCAACGAGGCAAAUGCACUAUCAGAUGAGGAGAUGUUCAAUCGGAAUAUCUCACUCCUCCAGCGGCACGAAUAUUUAAACAGCAUGAUUCGAGUUGGCAACUACUCACGGUGGUUUCUGAACGCGGAACUGGCUCAGGAAAGGGGGCAAACGAAGAGGCGUGGCAUCUCUCGCUGUGUCGUUAUUUAG